GGCCAGCUGCUUUCUGCUUUGGCUAUAGUUGGAUAAGUCUCACGAUGGACUGCAUCUUGAAAGUUCUUUUUCUUGCUGUUUUAAGUUUCUCUGGGCAAGGCAAGCUGCUGACAGGUAGCUUUUGGCACAUCACAGACCUUCACUGGGAUGAUUCGUACAGAUUAACAGAUGGAAACUCAGGAUCAGUGUGCAAUUCGAGUGGGGGUCGUCCAACCCCACAAGCAGGUAAAUUUGGAGACUAUUUUUGUGAUUCACCAUGGGACCUCAUCAGCUCCUCGGUGCAUGCCAUGAAGGAUAUCCUGCCUGAUCCAGACUUCAUUAUUUGGACCGGAGAUGAUACACCUCAUGUUCCGAAUGAAAAGCUGGGAGAAGAGGCCGUCCUGAGGAUCAUUGGCAAUCUCACACACAUCAUAAAAACACUGUUUCCUAAAACAAAGGUCUACUCAGCUCUGGGCAAUCAUGAUUACCAUCCAAAGAGUCAGUUGCCACCCACACAAAGCAACAUUUAUGAGCAAAUACAAAAGCUAUGGGAAGACUGGCUGGAUCCUGCAUCGAGGGAUACUUUUAAAAGGGGUGGAUAUUACACAGAAAAGCUACUAAACCAAACAGGUUUCAGAGUUCUUGUCCUAAACACUAAUCUGUAUUACGACCAGAAUAAAAUUACAGAGAACAUAAAAGAUCCAGCAGACCAGUUUAAAUGGGCAGACCAAGUGCUCACUGAAGCUGCCAAAAACAAGGAAAAGGUGUACAUUGUUGGUCACAUUCCACCUGGUUUUUUUGAGAAGAAACGACAUAAGCCAUGGUUCAGACCUGAGUUCAAUCAACAAUAUAUCAAGCUUAUUCAGAAAUAUCAUGACAUUAUAAUCGGCCAGUUCUUUGGUCAUCACCAUACCGACAGCUUUCGGAUGUUCUACGGUACAUCAGGAUCUCCAAUCAGUGCAAUGUUCCUGAGUCCAGGAGUUACACCUUGGAAAACAACACUACCUGGAGUGGUAGAUGGGGCAAAUAAUCCUGCCAUUCGGGUCUUUGAGUAUGAUAAUAAAACACUUUUGAUUGAGGACAUAGUGACGUACUAUCUGAACUUGACCUAUGCAAACCUUGCACGUGCACGGUGGGAGAAGGAGUAUCGCCUGACUGAAGCGUUCAGAGUGCCGGAUGCCUCCCCUGCCUCCAUGCACCGUGUGUUGGAACAGAUAACACAUGAGAACUGUUACCUGCAAAAGUAUUAUGACUUCAACUCAGUAAACUACGACCUGUCAAUAUGCAACGCAGAUUGCCGUAUUGACCAUGUGUGCGCUAUAAGAGAGGUGGGCUUUGAGGCUUAUGAGAAGUGUGUGGACAAAGAAGGGGCUUCUUCUGCUGUCCCAGCAUUUCUGACUAUAGUUUUUGCACUAACUGUAAGCCUGUGGGCUAGCUACUAAUCCUUUAGUACCCUUCCCAUUACAAGCUCUUUUGUGCCUUUGGAAGUGAUCUCAUUUUAUCACACCAAGCCAUAUUUUCCUUAAUCUGAGAUUCUUUCAAAUGAUCUACAACCCCCUUUCCCCAUCUACAAUCCCAUAUCAAAUUCAAAAUGUGCAUAUGUUGUUCAAAAAAAAAUUACAUUUCUCCGUUUCAACAGUUGAUACGUUGUCUUUGUACUAUUUUCAAUGAAAUACAGGGUUUACAUAAUUUGCGAAAUCAACACAUUCUGGUUUUAUUUAUAUUUUACACAGCGUCUCAACUUUUUCAGAAAUGGUUGGAGAGGAAGAGGCAAAAAGGAAGUAGGGUAAUGGGUUUUUCGUUUUGUUUAUUAACAGACAGUUUCCUUCUCUUGUUUAGCCCUGCACAAUAUGUAAUACAGAUACACCAGUUAUGAGAGCUCAAGAUUAAAAUACAAUUUUAUAAAUGUAGAUAAAUCUAUAUGCUCUGCAUUGUGUAAUCUUGCUAUCAAAACUGCUUAUGCAGUUUUGCAGGAUUUGAGGCUUCAACUAAUAUGAAACAUUUGUUGAGUACAUAAGUGGAUAGCGUUUGUUAUAUUUUAAUGUUAA